AGGGAUGCUCCUUAGCCCAGAACUCUCAUUUCAUCCAAAUCAUCUUUUCGUGUCUCAUCAGCCUCCACAUUUUUGUAGCAAACAUGGAUGGUGCUCCUAGCCACGAGAAAGCGAGGUCAGGACAGGUUGCGUACCAUUGGAGAGAUGAUCAAGGCGUUCUUGCCCGCAUUUCCAAGCCAUUCCGUGGCAUGUAUCACGAUGUCUGUCGGCGACGACCUUAUUAUCGCAGUGAUUUCCAGGAUGGCUGGGCUUAUCGUGUCUUUGCAGGCACCAUCCGGAUCUACUUCGUCAACCUCUUGCCUGCAUUGGCGUUCCAGCUCGACAUGUCGUACAAUACUGAUGGUUUCUUCGGGAUAAAUGAAGCUCUCUUCGCGUCCGCACUUGCAGCGAUUGUCUUCAGCCUGUUCUCUGCUCAACCUUUGACCGUGGUCGGCGUCACGGGUCUCAUCUCCCUGUUCAACUACACUAUCUACGACAUUAUCGAGUUACACGACGUCACGCUCUAUCCGCGAUUCCUGGUCUGGGUGGGUAUCUGGGCGGCUGUGUUUCACUGGGCGACGGCCAUCUUCAAUCUUUGCGACUACAUGCGAACCAUCACGGACUUUUCUUCUCAAACCUUUGGGUUUUAUGUUGGCACGAUCUAUGUCAUCAAGGGUUGCGAGGAACUCAGUAUUGGAUUCCAGAAUGGACAAAUCUCCAAUGGCUUUGCCUCUGCACUGGUUUCAAUCCUUUACUUCCUCACUAUCUAUAUGCUGGAGCAAAUUGGGCAGACGACUUACACUCGCGGCUCGCUACGGACACUUCUAUCUGACUAUGCUUACCCCAUAUCAACAAUAUGGUGGACUGGCUUCACUCAUUUCCCGGGUAAUCUGUCUUAUGCCCACUUUGAAUAUUUACCCAAAUCCCGCGCUUUCUUCCCGACCGUCGAUAGAGCCUGGGUGGUUGAUUUCUGGACACUACCAGCGAAAUGGAUCUUUGUGGCCGUUCCUUUCGGCUUCCUCAUGACGCUUUUAUUUUACUAUGACCACAACGUCUCUUCUCUUACAGCUCAAGCUCGCAUCUUUCCUCUGAAGAAGCCAGCAGGGUUCCAUUGGGACUUCUUCCUCCUCGGAUGUACCUGCUUUAUCGGAGGCCUCUUGAACAUUCCCCUACCUAACGGCCUUGUCCCACAAGCACCGGUCCACACCGACUCACUUACAUAUUACAAAGACGAGCCUUUGAUCAUCGAAACGAAAGAUCAGGAUGAGCCGAUCAUCAUUCGCAAAGAGACCGAGGCUGAAAGAGUCGCCGAGCAGCGCGUCUCACAUUUCCUUAUGGGUCUAGCCCUGGUUGGAACAAUGACAGGACCUCUUUUGACUGUUAUUUCGCUCAUGCCGCGCGCCAUCAUUAGUGGCGUCUUCUUCACUGUCGGUUUCGGUAGUAUUUUGACGAGUCCGGUCCUAACGCACAAAGUGGCCUACCUUCUCCGAGAUCCGAAGUUCCAGUCUCCUUCGGAUCCUCUCAAUACCAUUCCGCGGCGGCAAAUCUGGCAUUAUUUAUUCUGGCAAUUUCUUGGCUAUGCUUCUACCGUGGCAAUUAGCCAGACAAUUGCCGCGGUCGGAUUUCCUGUCCUCAUCAUUGCUUUGAUUCCUAUAAGGUGGAAAUUACUACCUCGACUUUUCACAAAGCAUGAGCUAGAGGUUAUGGACUGCCUUACUGCUACAGGAGAUGUGGUAUUAGCCUCCUUAGGGGGGAGACCUGAGAUGCCCGAAGCAAGGAGGGAGCGCACAAAGAAGCAACUUCAACGAGAUGUUGAGGCCGGCGCCGCGGGGCUCGCUGGAGGGAUGCUUCGGGAGGACGACGUCGACCUGCGCAUGAGAUCGCGGGAGAGGAGUACCGGUAUGGGGAUUGACGGGGGUGCCAUCACGAGACGAAGAUCCAGCAUUGGGAGUGGGAGGGCCCGUCAUACCUUGGGAAGCCCUUCGCGUUCCGCCGAAACGGGCAUCGGUGAGAACGGCGGGACUGUCACGAGGAGGUCCAGCGUCAGGAGUACGAGGGAGUGACCGUCUCUGAGGAGUCACGAGCGGACUGGGGGUGGUAGAAGCGACGAGAUGGUUGAAGAUAAGUUGGAGUAGAAAGCUUU